AUGCACGAGUUCUUCAGAAAUGGGCCGCUGAUGGUCCUCGCGCCGAUGUACAAGAACUGUGGCCUGGCAUACCGCACACUAUCACGAAAAUACGGCGCGAAUCUCUGUUACACCGAAAUGGUGCACACACAGAAGUUUUUGCAGGCAAAAAACAAGAAGCGAUGGCUUGAUGAUUUCAUCGAUUCGCCGUUGAUUGUGCAAAUAUGCGGUAACGAUCCGUGUGUUAUGCGCAAAGCGGCUGAGCACUUUACGAGUGCACUGGCGGUUGAUGUUAACUUUGGGUGCCCGCAGCUCAUCGCCAAGCGGGGGAAUUAUGGCGCGUAUCUGCAGAACGACUGGCAGCUGACCUCAGAAAUUAUAAAGAGAUUGUCGUCGUUGGAACGGCCGGUGACAUGCAAAAUUCGCAUUUUCGAUGAUGAUAGGCGGACAAUUGAAUACGCCCGUAUGAUAGAGAUGAGUGGGUGCAAAAUGCUUGCUGUGCACGGCCGAACACGUGAACAGAGAGGACCGAACACAGGAUUGGCCAAUUGGGACGCGAUAAAAUUGGUAAAAGAACACCUCGGCAUACCGGUAAUAUCCAAUGGCAACAUUCUCUGCAGAAAGGACAUCACUGACUGUCUCAGUUUCACCAAGUGCGACGGAGUGAUGGUUGCAGAGACUCACUUGUACAAUCCGCUGAUCUUCUCGGGCGAGAACAAGUCGUCGUUCGAGAUUUUGAACGAGUAUUUCGAUUUGUGCGAUGAAACCACGCCAAUGUAUGAAAUUAAAUCGCAUACGCACAAAAUACUGCACAAAGCGUUCGAUCAGCACGAGAGUUACAAAAACAAAAUACAGAACGUUGGUGCGAUGUGGCAAAUACGAGGAAUAGUUGGCGAGCUGGAGAGCCUUUGUGGAAAUGAACUCAAAAUAUUGCAACCACGGAUACGGCACGCCAAACAGUUGAUAUAACCGAUCAUGCCAUCAAAUGAGCAUGCAUACCGCAGAUCGAUGGCAAGCGGUAAGGGGGACACUUCCAUGACCGUAUGUGCAAUUUAUUAACAAUUAUGGCAUUUUAUGCCAAGAAAUAGCAAAACCUGAUUCAAAAAUGGCGUAUUUCCAUCGUAACAAACAUGUUAAUAAACCGUGCACUAUAAUAAACUCCGUUUUUUG